AUGGUGUACAAUUCGUUGACUGAGGUUCCUCGCAACCUCAAGGAGGGUAUUGACUGGUUGGUCGCCCUGAGGGGAACUGAUGCUGAAAAGAACUUGGCGGCUAUGGGCGCCGCACUUUACAAAUUCCUCGCAGAAAAGCCCGUUGGGUUCACGGAGGUGCCAGCCCUCGAGAAGGUUAAGCUUAUUUCUAAGGAGUUCCUGGAGAAACCGGCGCUUAGAAAUAUGUGGCCCGCACGGGCGAUGCUAAGGAGAUUCAAUGACCCUAUGUAUAAGGAACAGGGGUUAAUCGCAAAGUGGUUUGGAGACCUCCAGAAAAGCGACUAUGAGAACGUCAUUCAGACCAGAGGUGUGAAGCCGGAAACUAUCGCAAAGAACUUAGUUAAAGCUGUGGCUGGUUGUGAACAGUUCCUGGAAAAUGUCAAAAUACCUGACCAGUACGAGUCUGCUUACAACUCAGAAGCGACAUGGGAGGCAUCAUGCGCGAAGGACCCGGAAGCUUGCGCAGUGGUCCUCGUGGGUGUUGCGCCAAUGUUGUACGCGGGUCUACGUUCUUUGAAGGUUGCUAGCGAAGGUGAAACCCGUGGUGGGGUACCGAUGGCUUUGGGGAUGAGUAGUUUGGGGAGUGUAUUGAUAGCUGUUGGUUACGAGGAGACGCAAUGGCGUGCUGCAAUGACAGCUUCAUACGUAUUUAAGGCGUUGAAAGGUGUGAGUCAUCAAGUGUUGACCACGCUCUACGACCUCUCUGGAUUCUGGGCUUUCUAUGGAUUGGAUAAGGCAGAUGUGGAAUCUGUAGAAGCUGCCAGCAACUCCUCUGCCAAAGGUGGGAAAUAA